CAGCGACCAAUUCUCCAGCGAAAAGGGAAGUGGGUGAGAACUGGCUUUGAGACACCUCUGGAUGUUCACACGCAGAACACCCAAAAAUGGACAAAGCAAUGAGUGGUGUUUCAUCUAAACCAGCUGAUGUGAAUAUAUCCAAUAUCUCAAUUCAGGUGGUUAGUGCCCAAGGGAAGCUGCCUGGGAGACGACCACAGAGAAAACCCAUUGGAAAAUCCAGACCCAAGAAGCAGAUCAAGAAGAAAGCUCCCUUUUGGAAUGUCCAGAGUAAAAUUCUCCUCCUCACAGUGUUUUUAUUCAUCCUGGCCAUCACAGCCUGGACACUCCUGUGGCUCUACAUCAAUAAGACAGAAAGCAAAGAUGCUUUUUACUUCGUUGGGAUGUUUCGCAUCACCAACAUUGAAUUUCAUCCUGAAUACCGACAGAAGGAGUCCAGGGAAUUUCUGACGGUGGCGCAGACUGUGCAGCAAGUGGUAAACCUGGUUUACACAACAUCGGCCUUCUCCAAAUUUUACAAACAGUCUGUCGUUGCUGAUGUCAGCAACAGCAGCAAAGGUGGCCUGCUUAUCCACUUUUGGGUUGUGUUUGUCAUGCCGCAUGCCAAGGGCCAUAUCUUCUGUGAGGACUGUGUGGCUGCCGUCUUGAAGGACUCCAUCCAGACAAACAUAAUAAACCGGACCUCUGUGGGGAGCUUGCAGGGGCUGGCUGUGGACAUGGACUCUGUGGUGCUAAAUGCUGGGCUUCGGUCAGAUUACUCUUCAACCAUAGGAUCUGACAAAGGCUGCUCUCGGCACUUCUAUGCAGAUCACCUGUCUCGCUGCUACCCUCUGGAGAUUUCUGCAACCUCAGGGAGGCUGAUGUGCCACUUCAAGCUGGUGGCCUUGGUGGGCCAUCUGAUUCGUCUCUCCAUAGAGUCUGUCCAGAUUGAGGCUGACAACUGUGUCACGGACUCCCUGGCCAUCUAUGACUCCCUCUUGCCAAUCCACAGCACCGUCCUGUAUAGAAUUUGUGAACCCACAAGAACAUUACUGUCAUUUGUUUCCACAAAUAAUCUCAUGCUGCUGACAUUUAAGGCUCCUCAGAUACAGAGGCUAUCAGGAAUCCGGGCGUACUUCGAGGUCAUUCCAGAACAAAAGUGUGAAAACAAUGUGUUGGUCAAAGAAAUCACUGGCUUUGAAGGGAAAAUUUCAAGUCCAUAUUACCCAAGCUACUAUCCUCCGAAAAGCAAGUGUACCUGGAAAUUUCAGACUCCCCUAUCAACUCUUGGCAUAGCAUUGAAAUUCCACAACUACUCGAUAGCCAAGAAGAGUGUGAAAGGCUGUGAACAUGGAUGGUGGGAAAUUAAUGAGCACAUGUAUUGUGGCUCCUAUGUGGAUCACCAGACCAUUUUCCGAGUGCCCAGCCAUCUUGUUCACAUUCAGCUUCAGUGCAGCUCAAAGCUUUCAGACAAGCCACUCUUGGUGGAAUAUGGCAGUUACAACAUCAGUCAACCCUGUCCUGUUGGAUCUUUUAGAUGCUCCUCGGGUUUGUGUAUCCCUCAGGCCCAGCGAUGUGAUGGAGUAAAUGACUGCUUUGAUGAAAGUGAUGAACUUUUCUGUGUGACUCUUAAACCUACCUGCAAUGCGAGCUCCUUCAGGCAGCACGACCCUCUGGUGUGUGAUGGCUUCAGGGACUGUGAGGAUGGCCAGGACGAGCAGAACUGCACACAGAGCAUUCCAUGCAACAACAGAACUUUUAAGUGUGGCAAUGAUAUUUGCUUUAGGAAACAAAGUGCAAAAUGUGAUGGCGCUGUGGAUUGUCCCGAUGGAAGCGAUGAGGCAGGCUGCAGCUGCGGCGGGAGUUGGCCCGCCCUCCUCCGCGUCACCGGGGGCGCUGACACCCAGGAAGGCGCUUGGCCGUGGCAAGUCAGCCUCCAUUUUCUCGGGUCUGCCUACUGCGGGGCUUCAGUCAUCUCCAGGGAGUGGCUUCUUUCUGCGGCCCACUGCUUCCACGGAAACAGGCUAUCAGACCCCACACCAUGGACUGCUCACCUUGGGAUGUAUGUGCAGGGGAACGCCAAGUUCACCUCCCCGGUGAAAAGAAUUGUGGUCCAUGAGUACUACAACAGUCAGACCUUUGACUAUGAUAUUGCCUUACUACAGCUCAGUGUCGCCUGGCCUGACACUCUGAAACAGCUCAUUCAGCCAAUAUGCAUUCCUCCUGCCGGCCAGAAAGUGCACAGUGGGGAGAGGUGCUGGGUGACCGGCUGGGGGCGCAGGCAUGAAGCAGAUAAUAAAGGCUCCCCAGUUUUGCAGCAAGCAGAGGUAGAGCUCUUCGACCAAACCGUCUGUGUUUCCACCUAUGGAAUCAUCACUUCACGGAUGCUCUGUGCAGGCGUCCUGUCGGGCAAGAGAGAUGCUUGCAGAGGAGAUUCGGGUGGACCUUUAUCUUGUCGAAGAAAAAGUGAUGGAAAAUGGAUUUUGGCUGGCAUUGUUAGCUGGGGACAUGGAUGUGGAAGACCAAACUUUCCUGGUGUUUACACCAGGGUGUCAAACUUUGUUCCCUGGAUUCAUAAAUAUGUGCCUUCUCUUUUGUAAUAGUACAAGUUAGAUUUUUUACUGCUGUUUAUUCUUUAAAAAGAAAUGCAGUAAUUGUCAAUACAAUGAGACAUAAUACUUUUCUUCUGUAAAUUUCAGAUUACAUACAUUGAUAUUAAAUGAAAUACAGAGAAAUUAGUAUGAGUUUUAUUCUGUGAAAAACUGCCUCAAGGAUAUAGCUGUAUUCAUUCUUAAGCAUAAAAGGGUUAUUGAUUCAGGAAUGGAAGAAAUGUAAUGUUAUGAAUUAAGACUGUUAUGAGACUUUAAGUAAGAUAAGAAAUGGGUGAGAUGCUUAGGAAUUCAUACUUUUGUUUAUGUUCCUAUUCAGAGAUAUUUAUAAGGAUUUGGCAAAUCUGGUUUAUUGAAAUAGAAAUUCCAUUUAAAAAAUGCAUGUUUUUCAGUGUUCUAAUUAAAUUAAAUGUACAAAAAUGUCCUCUUCACAAAUGCAGGUAAGCUAAUUCAGUUAUUGACAGAGGAAUCCCUAUAUUGAUGCUUUGCAAUCUAAUUUUGUCUAAAAAAAUCAUAGAUGUCUUCAGCCAUGGAACAUGGUAAUACUGUGUAUAGCGAAACCAAUCAACCAAUCAAGACAACUGACAGUAAUUUUCUAAAACGAUAGAAUGAAGCAUCAUAGAUUGAAAACACUUACACAUAGGACUUAAGGAAAUUGUGGCAAGGCUGGUCAGCAGUUGAAAGACAAGGGAAUUUUUGGAUAAUUGUUUUGAAAGUGAAAAUUUUCAGAAAUAUCAUCACCUGGCUUCUUGUUAUUUUAUAAAACUCCAAUAACCAAGACUCUUUUCUUUUCAGGGCUUUAUAAUAUCGACCAUAAUUGUAAACCUAUAGUUCAUGUCAACAUAUCAUACGUAUUGAUUUAUGUUGUCUGGAUUUAGAGGGUUUCAUACAAUCUCAGAAUAAUCUCUUCUCAGUAUCACCACAUAGGUGAAAAGAGCAGAAAGGAGAAUGAUAUCAUUUGUUUUUCCUGGGACAAGUCAAAGGAGUAAUAACAAUGCUAUUUUUAAUGAAGAUGGUUUUCACUGAUAAGCUAGGUGGAGAAAGACAAGUACCAAGUGACUUCACUCAUUUGUGGAGUAUGAAAGCAAA